UCCGCCGGAAACACUCGGACUUUUGUUUUGGAAAGCCACUACCCAGCGGUCGCCAUUAUUCUUCCUGGCUUGACUGUCGGAAGAAAGACGGUUAAAUACUUUUAAACAUUAUAUAUCGGUGUAAAGUGCAACACUGUGAGCCUAUUUGUGUAGUCGGUUGAUUAACUCAUGAAGUAGCGACGCACCCUGGUCGCAGAAUGGAGAAACGAUCCGAUACCACAGGUGUCGGAGGUUCCCUUCCCCUGUCCUCCCUUCGCUUGAUGGCUUCCCCUCUGCAGCUGACAUACUCGUACAUAUGGCAGGUCAUACGGCAGAGAAACGUGAAGCAGUACGGGAAGGUUGAGGAGUUUGUCACCAUGGUGACGCAGACUGUUCCUGAGCUCAUAAGCUUCAAGCAAACUGCCCAGCUCCUCUUGGGGUUGAGAGCAAGGAUCAUUUUGGAUUUGCUUCACAAAGUCGGCCCACCGGAUUCCAAGGCGAUUCAAACUCUCAUAAAUAAGUUGAAGGUCUCUGGAUCGUCAGGGAAGGACUCAGAAGUGGAGAAAUCUCAAACAAACUUCAUGGUGUUGGUCCAGAACCUGCUUAAAAACCCUGCAGAGAGGAAGCGCUUCUUCCAGGAAGUGUUCCCUGUUCAGUACGGCACAAAGUUCGAUACAGCGCUACAGGCUCUGACUGCAGGGCUGGUGUGCAAGCUGGAGCAAGUUCUUCCUGUUCCCAAUCUCUCCCAGCUUGGUGCCAUGAUCUCAGCGGAGCCGUCUGUCCUGGAGGCUUGCGGAGGCUUCAUCCCGGACACUGGGGACCUGAAGACUCUCCUCCUGCACCAGCAGGCCAAGGGACUCCUUGGAAUUAAAGCAACCAUCUCGUCCUCGGUGGGAAACUGUGUGCUCUCUUCCCUCGCCUUCCGACCCAAACCAGUAGAACCGCCGCCGCCGGCAGAAUCACCGAAGCCUUUAGCGGUCACAAUCAACGAAACGAGCCCGGCGUCGCUCAGUGACACUGAAGACCUGGGAGGGAUGUCGGAUGACUCUGACAGCACGGCAGCUGCUACUGAAGCACAGGGCGCAGGGCGACACGGUCAUAAAACAGCUGACGGCAUCGCUGAAAAGGAAAAGAGUGUCGCAACAACAGCUCAGGGGGAGAACUUAGUGCAAGAGAAAAGUUGUACUCAGGAACCGCCUGUCACUACUCUACCAAGCGGAGGAGAAGAUGCAGUGCCAGAAGCACCAGAUAAAUCAGAACAGCAGCGGCCUCCGUUGAAAUCAAUCCCUUUCCGGGUCGUUCAAAUGCCGAUGAAGAGUGCAGCCAACGCAGGAGCAAAAGAUGCCCAAAAGCCCCACACUCAGCGGGUCACAUUGCAUCAGUGGGUAUCACAGAUUGCCACAAACUCGCUCUCACUCCCAGCCCUGCCACCACUUCCUCCAGCCAAGUAUAGUGCAGAGGAUGACAUGAAGCCGAGCAUCAGAAGAAAAAAGCAAAUCCGGCCUCCGGCUGACAGAUUCACUUGCAGCGUGUGCGAUAAGAGCUUUCCUUAUCAGUCCAAGCUUAUGGACCACGAGCGCAUUCACACGGGAGAGAAGCCUUUCGUGUGCACGGCAUGCAACAAAUGCUUCAGAACACAGGCGUUCCUCAACAACCACCUGAAGACCCACAGCACGGCGCGUCCGUACGCUUGUGGCCAGUGCGGAAAGUGUUUCACCAAAUUGCAGAGCUUGACCAAGCACAUGCUGGCCCACAGCGGCCAAAAGCCCUUCUACUGCAACAUCUGCAACAAGGGCUUCACGCAGUCCACCUACUUCAAAAGGCACAUGGAGUGCCACACGAGCCAGAUGACGUUCCCCUGCAAGCACUGCAACAAAAGCUUCCCGACGGCUUUCAAACUGUCGAACCACGAGCGUUGGCACACCAGAGAUCGCCCUCACAUGUGCGAGCGCUGCGGGAAGAGAUUCCUCGUCCCCAGCUUGUUGAAGAGACACAUGGGCUACCACAUCGGCGACCGUCAGUAUCUCUGCUCCCAGUGCGGGAAGACCUUCGUCUAUUUGUCUGACCUGAAGAGGCACCAGCAAGACCACGUGCCAAAAGCAAAGAUCCCGUGCCCCGUCUGUCAAAAGAAGUUCUCCAGCAAGUACUGCCUGAGGGUUCACUUGAGGAUCCACACCCGAGAGAGGCCCUACCGAUGCUCUAUAUGCGAAAAGACCUUCACACAGGUCGGGAAUCUGAAGGUCCACAUCAGGUUACACACCAACGAGCGCCCGUUCAGCUGCGACGUGUGCGGCAAGACCUACAAGUUGGCGUCCCAUCUGAACGUCCACAAAAGGACUCACACGUGUAAGAAGCCCUGGACGUGUGACACGUGCGGGAAGGGAUUCUCCGUGCCCGGCCUUCUGAAGAAGCACGAGCAGCUGCACACGAGAGACGCAAACCCCGACUUCUCCGGUAAACGGAGACACAGGGGCAAGCACAAGAAGCACUCCCUCAAGAGGAAAUACGACGAGGAAGAGGAGGCUAGCGAUGAUUAUUAAUCAAAGAAACAUUUUGUAUAACAUAAGGAUGCUCUAAUUUCAGGGCCGAUCACAAUAUAUAAUUAAUAUUAGCUAAUUCAGAUAGCUACUGCAUCAAUGACCCUACGAAACAUUGUCAUUUUCAAAGUGUUUGUGGUCCAAACACAUUUAGAAUAAUGUUAGAAUAAUAUUUUUCUGAUCAUCUGAUUUAAAAACUACCAAUUUGAGUUAUGAGGGGUCGCUGGCCGCAGUCGUUGGAGCAUCUCAACUAAUGAAGCCCAUUGUUUUACUCUAAUCAGUGCUGUUUUUCAUAUAAUUAAGUGAUGAAUUUAGGAAAUGAUGUCACCCUAGGCUGUCACCUUUCUUGAAAGAUAGCCUGUAAGAUAGCAGUAGAGCAUUUUUCUUAAAUCGUUUUUUGGAGUUGUCAAUUGUUGGUGAUCAUUUUCAAUACAACAAACCUACGAUAGGUUAUUAGAGUUGUCAUUUUCCAAACAUUUUGCUACCCAAAUGUAGCCAGCCUUUAAAAGAAUGGGCAUCAUGUAAAUACAAUACAAUCAUUUAAAUGCAUGUAACUGUAGAUAAUUUGUCUGCUAGGUAAUAACAUGUUGUAGUGAAACAUUUUAUCUUUGUUACUGUAUCCUUGUUGAAACUGUAGGGAUUGUAAACUACUUUUAACUAUCGCUUUUUUGUAACCCUGAACUGUAAACAUCUCGGCUACUCUGCUUUUGUUUUAGAGUAAAUAAGCUGAUUUGUGUUUAUUAGGAUUUCACUUUUUUUUCCCAGCAGUAGAUGCAAUGGUGUUUAACCAACCCAAGAAAAUAUCACUUUAAUUUAGCUUGGACACAAUAAACAUUAUUCAUGUGUGAUGAGGUUGUGCUGUGAAUCUUAUCUUUCUCAUUACUUAUAGUGGGCAGCCAUGUAUACAAGACAUUAAUCAUAUAUAUCGGGUUUUGAUGUUUUGCAGAAAAAUAAAUACACUUAGCAAAG